AUGGCGGCGCCCGCAGCNUCCGCCUCCCUCAUCUUCCUGCACGGCUCAGGUGAUACUGGCCAAGGAGCAAGAGCAUGGAUAAAACAAAUUUUGAAUCAAGACAUGGCAUUUCAACAUAUAAAAGUAAUUUACCCAACAGCUCCUGCCAGGCCAUAUACACCUAUGAAAGGAGCCUUUUCCAAUGUGUGGUUUGACAGGUAUAAGAUCUGUAAUGACUGUCCUGAACACAUUGAAAGCAUUGAUUCUAUGUGCCGGGGCCUUACAGACCUGAUCAAUGAUGAGGUUAAGAACGGCAUUGCCAAAAACAGGAUACUCAUAGGAGGCUUUUCAAUGGGAGGUGGAAUGGCAAUGCAUUUGGCAUAUAGGUUUCAUCAGGAUCUGGCAGGAGUCUUUGCCUUGUCUAGUUUUCUCAAUAAAGACUCUGCUGUUUACCAGGCUUUGAAAAGAAAUGAAAAUGCUCUUCCAGAAUUAUUUCAGUGCCAUGGAACUGCUGAUGAACUAGUUCUCUACUCAUGGGGUGAAGAGACCAACAAGAUGUUAAAGUCUCUGGGAGUAUCAGCAUCACUUCAUACUUUUCCAAACCUCAAUCAUGAGCUGAACAGAACUGAAAUAGAAAAAUUAAAAUCCUGGAUUGUAAAGAAAUUGCCUGUUGAAGCACCAAAGGCAAAUGAAUAAAUGAAGAUCCAGCCUCAUACUUUUUGAUUUUUCAUAGUUUUAAAAUCAUGUGUGACAUAUAUAUGGGUGUCCCAUAUCCCUUCUAUAAGCACAGCUUCAGGCAGACACUUUUAUAUUCCAUAAAAUUCACCUGAAAAAAUGGUGCUGAUCACUAAACCUCACUUUAUUAUAUGGGUUUCUUUUUCUGUUUUCUUGACCAUUUUUUAAGCACACAUCAGUCUACAAAAAGUAAUAACUGAUAAUAUUAAAGCCAUUUCAAAAUAAUCAAAGCAAUAUUCAAGAAGCAUUGCUGUGAGUCUCCCAGAUAAUUGUGGGGUUUGUUUUUUUGGUUUUGGUUUUGUUUUGGAUGGGAGGGUUAGGCAGGGAGGUGAUGGGAAAACAUACAGUGGCAUCACUGUUUCUAAUGGCAUUGCAGCAACAAAAGGCCAAUUAUUUAAAUAAUACAGUUUUACUUGUAGAAAUGCA